UGCUCAUCAAACACGAACCACCAAGAAAUGGGAACGUUCCCCGCAGUCCGAGCGGGCAAUCCGCGACGAUCCCUGGCAAGAACCACGGGCCGACGAGCCAACCCCUGAAGCGCCCACGAGAUCCGAGGUUGGCGAUCCCAAAGACUGGUUUCAUAUGCAACUGGCUUUUGUAUGAGAGUCGAAACUACAUAAGCCCUGGCAACCCACCUCAGUUGCACUCAUGACAGACACAUCUCAUCUAUUCAUCAUGGCUACCCCAACUGGAUUCAUCGGCAACCUGACUCAGGAUCAGGAAGCCAAACUGCAACAGCUUUGGUCGAUUGUUUUGACUUUGCUUGAUGUGAAGUCCCUUCAGAAUGGCAAUCCCGCCCCAGGACAACCCGAGCGCCAAAGCACGUCGCUCUCCCGGGCCGAUACCGCUGUCUCCGCGAAUGGCCAGGGGGCCUUUACGGAAGACUUGUCCCGAGUCCUGCAGAAGAACGGCAUGAGCAGCGCCGACAUCAAGGGUAUCCGGGAGACGUUGAGCAACACGUCGAUCGACGAGCUCCGCUCUGGCUUGCUGUACAUCGCCAAGCAUGAUUCCCCGGACGUUCUCCUCCUUCGCUUCCUACGCGCUCGCAAGUGGGACGUUGGCAAGGGCUUCGGGAUGAUGCUGCGGGCGAUGGUGUGGCGCCGGAACCAGCAUGUCGACGACAAGGUGAUUGCCAACCCGGAGUUGGACGCCCUGGUCACAUCGCAGAACACGGUGGAUACGGCCGCAGCCAAAGAGUGCAAGGACUUUUUGGAUCAGCUGCGCAUGGGCAAGUGCUACAUGCACGGUACCGACCGGCAGGGCCGGCCUGUCCUGGUGGUGCGCGUGCGAUUCCACCAGCCCUCGAAGCAGAGCGAGGCGGUGAUCAACCGUUUUAUUCUACACACGAUUGAGACGGCGCGGUUGUUGCUGGCGCCUCCAACGGAGACAGUGACCAUCAUCUUUGACAUGACAGGCUUUGGUCUUUCCAACAUGGAAUAUGCACCGGUCAAGUUCAUCAUCGAGUGUUUCCAGGAGAAUUACCCCGAGUCGCUUGGCAACAUGCUCAUCCACAACUCUCCAUGGGUCUUCUCCGGCAUCUGGAAGGUCAUUAAAGGCUGGAUGGACCCGGUGAUCGUGUCCAAGGUCAACUUCACCAGCAAGGUAUCCGAUCUGGAAAAGUUCAUCGCGCCGGAACAGAUCCCGAAGGAGCUCAAGGGCAAGGAAAACUGGGCCUACGAGUACAUCGAGCCAGUGGCGGGCGAGAACGACCUGAUGGCGGAUACAGAGACCCGCGAUCGCAUCUUCGCCGAGCGCUUGAAGAUCGGCGAGGACCUACUGCUCCGCACAUCGGAGUGGGUGACCGCCAGGGAUGGAGCUGCGGCGGCGACGGCUAAGAGCCAGCGGACGGCGACGAUCGAGACCUUGCGGCAGAACUACUGGCAGCUGGACCCGUAUGUGCGCGGGCGCACGUACCUGGACCGGGUUGGCGUGGUCAAGAAGGGUGGUAAGAUUGACUUUUAUCCCAGCCCGGAGGCGCCGGAGCUGGCGGCGAAGAGCAAGGGGGUGCAGCAUUUUGAGGGCACCCAGGUCAAGGUGGUUGAUUUGCGGUGAUGAUACCGCUUGAAUGGUAUCAUCUUCAUCAAUUGGCCGGAUGGUGUAGUUGGUUAUCACGUAUCGUUAACACCGAUAAGGUCCUGGGAUCGAGCCCCAGUCUGGUCAUUGUUUUUGUUUUUUGGUGGUUCGGUUGGUGUUGGGGUGUUUGUUAUUUGUACUAAACCGGCUAGCGCGCCUCUGGGUUGUCCAAUCCGAGUCGCUUGAAUCUAAUUCUAUUUCUUUUCAU